AUGCGACUCUUCGCAGUGCCGUCACCACUCCUCUGCCUACUCGCGGUUGCACCUUCCACAUCCUUAAUCGAAGCAGCCAUUAUACCCUCAGAAGGCCGGGUGCCGAAACAAGAAGACAACGUAAUCGCUAAACGACAAUGUGCAACUCAUUGUGGCUUUUACGGACAAGUCUGUUGUGGACCCAACGAGGUCUGCAUCACUGAUGCCAACAACCAAGCACAAUGCGGACCAGCGGGUGCGCAAGUCACAGUGGCAGCGACAACGGCAGCAGGUCAAGGCAACUGGCAAUACUACACAACCACGUACGUACAGACAGAUCUCAGGACCAUCACCAGCACCUUCAGCACCUUCUUCCCAAUUUCUACACAGAAUCUGAUCGUUACCUCUACUGCCGCCAGUCAAUGUAGAUACUCUCUUGGAGAAUCACCUUGUGGCAGCAUCUGUUGCGCCUCUGGACAAUAUUGCAUGGCCGACAUAAACCAAUGUGCAGCAGCCGGAGGAGGCAGCUCGGCAUAUUUCAGCAGCUUUUAUACGGUCACGCAGGUCGCCAGCGUUCCGGUGCGACCAACCAGCAAUACGGUCUUGACCGUGACUUCCACUGGUGUGGCCACUGCAACCGUGCCGUACUCGACUCCGGUAGGCACGGAUGGAAGCACCAUCAUUGGUGCACAACCGACAACCCAGGGGCAGAGACUCAGUGGCGGAGCAAUCGCUGGAAUUGUCAUUGGCGUCAUUGCUGGUAUCAUCAUCCUCUUUUUGAUCUGCGUCUGUUGUUGCGCCCGAGGUGCGAUUGAUGGGAUAAUGGGUAUCUUUGGUGGAGGCAGGAAACGACGCACAGAGACCACGUACAUCGAGGAGAGGCGUUCUCACCGCGGAUCAAGACCUGCAGGUCGUACCUGGUUUGGUGCACGACCCGCAAGGGUAGAUCGAACCGAGAAGAGAAAGAAAACUGGCGGCGGCCUUGGUGGCCUCGCAACAGUUACAGCUGGGCUCGGAGCAUUGGCCCUACUUCUAGGUCUGAAGAGAAGGAGGGAUCAGAGGAACGACGCCAAAAGUAGUUCAAGCUACAGUUAUUAUGACGAAUCAUUCACUGGUACCAGCGAGAGUAGUCUGAGUUCGGAUCGAAGAACACGAGAUAGUCGACGGUCGAGGAGGUGA